AUGUACGCAAAAAUUAAUUCAUAUUUGAAUCCAUCAGGUAUUCUCUUUGGACAAUCUCGUAAACAUGAGGCACCGGGAUACGAUAUGGAGGACGAAGUCAACGACGAAUCCGAUAACUAUAAUUCAUCAUAUGGUUCUGGCAAUGAAGGAAGUGAUCCACCUCUUCGUUUUAUUAUUAUUCGUCAUGGAGAACGUGUUGAUGUUAUGUAUGGUGCCGGUUGGACGCAACGAGCAUUUGAUCGUACUGGUCGUUAUUAUCCUUUUGAAGCAAAUAUGCCACCAUCAUUACCGCAUCGAGCCAAUUGGGUGGACUAUGAUGUCGAUACUCCAUUAACUGCAAACGGUUUAGCUCAAUCAUGGAAUGUUGGUAAUGUUCUUGCUAGAUAUAAUUUACCGGUGACAACAUGUUAUUCCUCACCUGCUUUUCGCAGCAUUCAAACAGCUAAUGGUAUCCUUGAAGGCAUGAAUCGAAACGGACAAGUUCCAUUACGACUUGAACUUGGUCUAUUCGAAUGUACAUCUUGGUAUGCUCGAUCACCAAUUAAUUUUAUGUCUGAUAAAGAAUUAAUUAAUGGUAGUUAUAAUAUUGAUACACAUUAUCGUUCACAAAUGAGUCAUCUUCGAUUAUUAGAAAAUGAAUAUCAAUAUUAUGAUCGUUCAAAAGAAACAAUGAAAAAAAUUAUUAGAUUACAUCGAAAAACUGGUGGUACUAUAUUACUUGUUGGACAUGCACCUAGUCUUGAAGUACUUACACGACAUUUAAUGAAAGGACAACCAAGACCUGAAAGACUUGCUGAACUUGCUGGUAAAGUUGAUUUUUGCAGUAUGACUAUUAUCGAAAGAGAGUCAUCUUCAAAACCAUGGCAAUUUCGUUAUUCACUCGAUGAACAACCGAAUCAGAACAAUUGGCAACAGCAACAAAUACAACAUUCAAAUAGUUUUUUAAAUCUUUCAACAACUAAAGAUGCAGUAAAACCAUCAACAUCAUUUUAUCAAACACCAGCUACGUACAGUAACUAUUUGGCCAAACCAUCCACUUCAGCGUAUCAUUUUCAUUUUGUUCCACAGCAAGAAGCUUAUCCACCUCAUUUUGCUCUAUAA